AUGGCUGAACUUCCUCCACCCAACCCCAACCCUAGGCCCGUUCCUAGGUUGAUGAAAGACUUUGGUAGGCCCCAAGUAGGAACUUCACCUUCUUGUAUAGUGCUUACCAAUGCAGCCAGGAAUUAUGAGCUGAAAACGAUCCAUUACAAUCAGUUGCCAUCUUUUCAUGGUUUAGCAACCGAGGAUGCCCUUACCUUUGUCCGGGAUUUUUACGGGGUAGUCCAAAACUUUCCAUUGAAUGACCUGCCAGAAGAUGAACUAAGGAAGAGGUGUUUCCCGUACACUUUAAAAGAUGCAGCAAAACAAUGGUUCAUGUCUCUAACACCUGGAUCCCUUCGGACAUGGCCGGAGGUUUACAAUAAGUUCAUAGGUAAGUUUUAUUCUCAUGCUAAAACUUCUGAAUUACGGAGAAAAAUUGCGAAUUUCUCGCAAGCUGAAGGCGAACCGUUCCAUGAGGCAUGGGAAAGGUUCAAAAUGUUGCUCAUUCAAUGCCCCCACCAUGGCUACCCAUUGGAGCUGCAAAAUCAAACCUUUUAUGAUGGUUUGACCCAAACCAGCCAAUCAAUUGUUGAUAAUGCGGCUGGAGGUGCCAUGGGAGAAAAAACUGCGGAGGAGACCUUAGCAUUGUAUGAAAUGCUAGGAGCGAACUCCCAACAAAAGAGCGUAAGGGGACAGACAUCAGGUAUGUAUGAAGUUAAUUCAAUUACUGAUUUGAAGAUUCAAAUGUCUGCGAUGGAUGAAAAAAUGAAUAACUUGUGUUCUAUGCUGGCUACGAAACAAAGUACUGCAUAUAUGAUUGGAGAAAAUGAUUGUUUCGAACAGGCUAAUGCGAUGAACAAUUUUAAUCAAAGGCCUAGAAACGACCCGUAUUCUAACUCUUAUAAUCCGGGGUGGAGGAAUCACCCUAACUUUUCUUGGGGUAAUAAUCAAAAUAAUUUUCAACCAAUUGCUCCACCUCAACCAAAAAAACCAUCUUUGGAGGAUACAUUGCAAAAUUAUAUACAGGUUUGCAAUAAACGGUCGGAGGCAGAUGAGAAACGGUUCCAACAAAAUGAGGCUUCACUUGCAAGAAAUGAGGUUUCCCUAAGAAAAUUGGAAGUUCAAGUGGGGCAACUCGCAGAAGCUAUGCAAGGCCAUGUGCCAGGUAAGUUACCUAGUCAACCUGAAGAAGCUAAAGUUUUGACUGUUUUAAGAAGUGGUAAAGUUAUUGAAAAAAGUGUGAAAGCAAAUACCACUUCUGAACCAGCUGAAAUAGUUGAAAAGUUGCAUGUUGAUGAUAAUAAUAAUAAGCAUGAACCCCAACUGCAUAAAUCUGAUAAUCCUUAUGUGCCCCCUAAGUCUUAUGUUCCCCCAGUUCCAUUUCCUGGUAGAUUGCAAAAUUCAAAAUUUGAUAAAUCAUUUGCUGAAAUUUAUGAUUUGUUGUCAAAAGUGAACGUGAAUUUGCCUUUGUUAGACAUGAUUAAAAAUAUGCCUGCUUAUGCUAAGUUUUUGAAAGAACUAAACACCAGAAAGCGUAGGUAUGCACAUAAUGAAAAAGUUUUCAUGUCUAAAACUGUGAGUGCUGUUUUACAAACUGACUUGCCCCCAAAAUUAGAAGAUCCCGGUAGUUUCAUAAUAACUAUUACUGUGGGGAAUUCUAAAAAAGAAAAGGCAAUGCUUGAUUUAGGGGCCAGCAUUAACUUGAUGCCAUAUUCUGUCUACUUGCAAUUAGGUCUAGAUAAAUUGAAAUCUACUACAAUGUCCCUCGAGCUUGCUGAUCGCUCUGUUAGAUAUCCUAGGGGCAUUGUAGAAGAUGUUUUGGUCCAAGUUGAUAAAUUAAUAAUUCCUGCUGAUUUUGUUGUUUUAGACAUAAAUAAAAAGUGUAAUCACGAGCAGGACAUGCCUAUCUUGCUUGGCCGACCAUUCAUGGCCACAGCAAAAACGAUGAUUGAUGUCCAAAAUGGAAAAUUAACUAUGACUGUUCUUGAUGAAACUGUUGAAUUUUCAAUUCUGAAAUCAAUGAAAUUGCCUGAAAACGAUAAUAGUCAUUGCUUUGCUGUAGAUGUUUUAGAUUCAAUAAUUUCUGCUGAGUUACUAGAUGAAUAUCUGUUGAAGGUCGAAGAGAUUGAGGCUGAUGAAGUGGAAUCCAGCCAAAGCACAAUAAAAGAGGGGAGUGGUGAAGGAGGUUCAGUUACAGGCUGUUUGGAGCAAAUUAAGGAAAAACUCCAUCCUUCAAUUGAAGCUGAAGUUCCACCCAAGCUUGAACUGAAACCCCUUCCUAAUUCUUUAAAAUAUGCUUUCUUAGGUCCAAAUAAUACUUUUCCUGUAAUAAUUGCUUCUAACCUUUCACAUGAGCAAGAAACAAGCCUACUAGUGGUAUUAAAAAAAUAUAAAAGUGCAAUUGGUUGGACAGUAGACGAUAUUAAAGGAAUAAGUCCGACGGUUUGUAUGCACCGGAUCCUUCUUGAAGAAGGGGCAACUCCUGUCCGCCAACCUCAACGCAGGUUGAAUCCAAAUAUGAAGGAGGUUGUACGUGCAGAAGUCCUAAAGUUGCUUGACUCAGGUAUUAUUUACCCAAUUUCAGAUAGUAAGUGGGUAAGUCCAGUUCAUGUAGUGCCAAAAAAAUCUGGGAUUACUGUGGUUACUAAUGACAAAAAUGAAUUAAUCCCAACUAGAACAGUGACGGGGUGGCGAAUGUGCAUAGAUUAUAGAAAAUUAAAUGCCGCCACUAAAAAAGAUCAUUUCCCUUUGCCCUUUAUUGACCAAAUGUUAGAAAGAUUAGCUGGACAUGCUUAUUAUUGUUUCCUUGAUGGCUUUCAAGGUUAUUUUCAGAUUCCUAUUGCACCUGAAGAUCAAGAAAAAACGACAUUUACAUGCCCUUUUGGCACGUUUGCUUACCGCAGAAUGUCAUUUGGGUUGUGUAAUGCACCUGCGACUUUUCAAAGGUGUAUGAUGUCAAUAUUUUCUGAUAUGAUUGAACGAUAUGUUGAGGUGUUUAUGGAUGAUUUUUCUCUGUUCGGUGAUUCUUUUGAUGAUUGUCUUGCUCAUUUAUCUUCUGUGCUUGAAAGAUGUGUUAAAAUGAACUUAACCUUGAGUUGGGAAAAAAGUAAUUUCAUGGUUAAAGAGGGCAUUGUUUUGGGGCAUAUAAUUUCUGACAGGGGAGUAGAGGUAGAUAAGGCUAAAAUUGAAGUUAUUUCUAAAUUACCUCCCCCUACAUCUGUGAAAGAAGUGCGAAGUUUUCUUGGUCAUGCAGGUUUCUACAGGCGCUUCAUAAAAGAUUUCUCUAAAAUUUGCAGGCCUUUAUGCAACUUGCUGGGAAAAGAUGUUGUUUUCAAAUUUGAUGAUGAUUGCCUUUCUGCUUUUAAGUUUUUGAAAGAAAAAUUAACUGCUGCUCCCAUUCUUGCGGCACCUAAUUGGGAGUUUCCUUUUGAAAUAAUGUGUGAUGCAUCUGAUUAUGCCGUAGGUGCUGUGUUAGGACAAAGAAUUAAUAAAAUGCCUUAUGUGAUUCAUUAUGCAAGUAGAACUUUGGAUAGUGCUCAGGCUAACUAUACAACUACUGAAAAGGAGUUGUUGGCUAUAGUCUUUGCAUUAGAAAAAUUUCGUUCUUACUUAAUUGGUUCUAAGGUGAUUGUUUAUUCUGAUCAUUCUGCUCUGAAAUUUUUGUUGGCUAAAAAAGAUGCAAAACCUAGACUAAUAAGAUGGAUUUUGUUGUUACAAGAAUUUGAUUUAACAAUCAAGGAUAAAAAAGGGUGCGAGAAUGUGGUAGCUGACCAUUUGUCUCGUUUACCCGAAGUAGCUAAUAAUUGUCAUGAUGUUAAUAUUCCUAUCAAUGACAGGUUUCCGGGUGAACAGUUGCUCUCCUUACAUAAUAAAGAGCCUUGGAUGCAUUUGAAUUUUGUGCUAAGUGUGACAGGUGCCAGAGGACUGGUAAUAUAA